CUCUCGCAUUCGCGGUCGAACGCUCAAAGCAACAGCAUCUCGGAGACAACGUGCACUCGGAACGAAUCGCGCACCGUGUGUUCAAAAGUGAUAAAAGAGGACUUCUUUCGGUUUGUCCUUCUAGUAAAAAGGGUUGCGAGCUGCGGUAGCUUCCUCGCAAUCGCCCAGCAUAAUGAACGAGUUUUCCAUCAGCAGCACAACUCACGAACAGCGGAAAACAGUAAUGCGUUCCACCUGCGGCACCGAAGAGAUCCGAAAAGUGCGUCUUGUGCAGCGAUAAACCUAAAAUCGUGAGGGUUUUUGAUUGAUAGUAGAGCAAAACUCGUAAACCACCACCAACAGUGCGAGCAUCAGUUUGUGCGACGCGAAAAGUGUAAAUGCCUCAGGCAAAGGCAUCUAUCGUCUGCUGCAGCACUUUGGAAAAUCCUUUGCGGACCCUUUUCCCCAGCGACGACGAGAGGAGACCACAAGAAUCGGGUUGCACCACGGGUCGACAAAUCCGAUCCAACCCUAUCCAAUCCAUUACGUGAUUUGGAAGCAAAAGACCAAAGUGACGACCCCCCAGUAACGUACACACAGAUACACACUCUGUCUGUCUCCGUGGCCUCAGUGUCUAUCGUACAAAAGUGUCCUGUUCCAGAAGCUGUCGCUGGCCAUCUUGAAGUGUAAAGAAGAAUAAUAAGUAGAAGAAGAAAGCACAAGAAUAAUGUGGUGCCUGGUGAAUCUACCGAACGGGACGACCUCCGGUGUCCAGUGUGACCCGAAGCGCAUCAGCCAGGAGUGUCUGGAGAAGGUCUGUGCCGAUUUGGGCAUCAUCUGCGAGACGGACUACUUCGGACUGAUACCGGUUCGAGUCGGGGACAAUGUGGCGGACGUGGACGAGUGUAGCGCCAAGCAGUGGAUUAAUCUGCGCAACCCACUCAACCUUUACACGAAUGACCGUGCCCAUCCGCUUCUGCUAUCGUUGCGGGUCAAGUUCUGGGUUCCGGCGCAUUUGAUCUUGCAAAGCAGUGUUCGGGCACUGUUCUACAUGCAGGCCCGUCAGGAACUGUUCGAUGGACAUCUGCGACCAUCGAGCUGGACCAAUGCGGCCUAUCUCGCUGCUCUGCUUCUACAAGCCGACGGUAUAAAGUAUGAUGCAGCGAAAGUACCACAAAUAGCCGAGCCGGCGGAUACAAACUCUUCGACCACGGCGCCCGCUGCAUCAACGGCAGCAGCGACGGUCGGUGUUACGGUAGCGGACCGUCGGUCAACCCUUCAGCAGCAGCAACAGCAACUUAGGCGUCCAUCGAAACGAAAGUGCUCGGAAAUCGAGUGUAAGCGGGGUAGCGUUAGCUCGCAGAGCUCCUCCCCACCGACCGGAUGGCAUUUGGAUGAUCUCGGAAGGCGAUCGCGAGGACUUUCGCCCGUUACGCCCGCUACCACUUCUAGUGGCGGCUUGACCGGAGAGGAGGUGCCGAAGGUUACGGCAAAGAACAUCUACCACCAGUACGGUGAUCUCAGGCCAGCAUUUGAGUUGGAAGAGGAGGAUGGUGAUGAAGAGCGCAGCCAGGUGGUGCAGCAGCAACAGGAGCCACCGCAGCCGGAUGAUUACUAUCAGCUGAUUGCACGGGAGCACGAGAAGCUAUCGCUGAUCAAGAUGAGUGCCACCUCGGCACAAUACUGGCUGCUGGAGGAGAUCUGUAGCCUGAUCGGGUACGGAGAAGAAAUCUUCGAGGGUGUUACGAUCGCCGAACCGUCCGUCGUUUGUAAGAUUGGCGUCAGCCCCCAUGGGUUGACGAUCGUAAAGGAUGAAGAAAAGUAUCGCGUUUCAUUCACCGCCGUCAAGGCAGCAAAAUCGAUCAAACGGUCUUUCCGGUUGACGUACGUGAACGAGCACCACGAGGAAACGCACGUGGAGCUGAAGCUGCCCAACCAUCGGACGGCGGCCUCGCUCUAUCGGGCAAUCACCGAGAAGCACGUGUUCUACUCGUGCGAAACCGUACGCCCCAUCGUGACGACACAGUUUAUUCGCGAUCUGAAGGGUACGAUCGUGUCGAUGUUUAACGAGGAUACCGAGCUGGGCAAGCGGUACGUGUUCGAUAUACAGCGGACCUGCCGUGAGGUGUACGAUGCCGCCCGCCGUACGCUGCAUGCACGCGGCAUCGAGAUCAGCAACAAGGCGGAAGAGCACAAGGAAAAUCCAGUGGCAGCCAUGGAUCGGCUGGAGGAGACGUUGCGUACGCAGCGCGAAACCAACGCUCAGCUGGAGCGAUUGAUCGAUGAGCGGAUACGGGAGGCGAUUACUUGCCCGAUCUGCGCCGACGGGGUGAUCGAUACGACCUUCCUGCCCUGCGGUCACAUGACGGCCUGUCGAGCAUGCGCUGUACAGUGUGACCGAUGUCCGCUGUGUCGUUCGAAUAUAAAGAGCAUCAGCAAGAUCUUCUUGCCACCGCUACUACGGUCGCGCAAAAGUACGAUCGGUCAAGGAGGAGGAUCGAGUGAUCCCACUUGCGGAGAGGAGGAGGAUGUUCCCGAGCUGCCCAAGGAACACGCCAGACCACCGGCACAGCUGGUGCAGUGAGCUGAACAAGAAAAUCGCGUAGUAGAUAAGCGAAUUGGUGAUAUUAUUUGUUAAAUGUACUGUUGAAUGUGAAUCGUGCUAGUGCAGGAGUGUAGAAGCAAGAAAAGAAAAAUCAAACAAUAAUCGAAACAAAGCAGAUAGGGGUCGAUAUAGACUCGCUGAAAAGCAAAAUAAGGAGUCAGCAAAUCAAUGCAAAUAAUUAAUCUAUUACCACUAAUUGUAGUCCGUGGCAUCGCACGCGUUAGUAGCUAAGCCGUUAAGUUUACCGAUGUUGGUUAGUUUUUACAGCCGUGACCCAUUGAAGCUGUAUUGUGCAGCCUUUUCAUAUGUAUACUUUUGGAAAGCAUAACAUUUACUAAGUGGUACUUUUUUGUUUUGGGGGUAGCGAAUGGCUCGGCUCAGAUUUGAGCAUAUUUUGUAGGAAAGUAUUGUGCUCCCCCUUUCAAGCAAUAUUACCAUUCAAUUGAUGCAAGAAUACUAGUCUAACAUAUCGUUUUAACACUUUCCAUUAACAGGCCCACAGUAGUAGAGACCCUGUUUACUCCGUGUAAGAUAUCGCUAGUUGUUAGUCGAAAUGCCGCCGCUUCUAAGAAGUUCCAGGCACUGUUAGGCAUCGCUUAUAAUGUGAACAUGAUAGAAUCGGAGAGAACAGAACAGAAGAUUGAAGAUAAAUGUUACAGAACAGCAGCAAAAAAAGAGAAAAUAAUAAUUUUUAACCCAUUAGGUAGCCUGUGCGCCAGGUUAUCGCUUAUUAAACUCAGUGUUUGGUCGACGAAUAAAAUCUCGGUCCGAAUAGUGAUGAAAAGUGAA